UUACUAUUUUCACCUUUCUCUCUCUAUUUGGUUGGGAAUAUUUUUUUAACUAACUUUUGUUGUUGCCGCUGAUUAGUUGUCAUCAUAGGAGGUUUUCUCAAACGCCGUCAUGGGCUUUCCUUUCACUACUAAUCUGGUAAUGUCGAAUUUAUAAGCAUUUAUAAACAUAUCCUUCAUUUCAAUCCUACUUUCAAAAUCCCAGAUCAAUAUAGUGCAAGAUGAAUCAAUCAAAUAUCCUUUACAGCUGGUAAUUCUCUCCAUUUCACUUGGGAUCUGCCUGCAUUGUCUACCGAUUGAAUUCGAUUUACCCAUAUUUCUAGCGUAGAAAGGGGGUUCACAUUUAUUCGGGAUAAGAAUAACAAUCUCAUGUGCAAGGUUUUCAGAAAUCCUUGGUUGAAAUGAUCUGAGUUAUCCUGCGGUGGAAACGGAAAAAAAAGUUGAAAUUUACGAAUGACAGGAAACGAAUCAGAAACAAAUGAGCAAGGUGAUGGAGCAGGAGUUAGAGAAAUUCGUGCUAAUGGUCUUUGCAUUGCAACACCUGAAGUUGAAGCAAAACUUGAUGAAGGAAAUAUUCAAGAAGCAGAGUCUUCACUACAAGAGGGAUUAUCUCUUAACCUUGAGGAAGCUCGAGCACUUCUUGGAAGACUAGAAUAUCAAAGAGGGAAUGUUGAAGCUGCAAUACGAAUAUUUGAUGGGAUUGAUUUACAAACUACUAUUGAGAAGCUACAACCGAUUGUCGAAAAGCAAGCGGCUAAGAAGGGCAGGUCUAGGACCGAAUCCAUGGUGAAUAUUCCCCACCAUGCUGCUAGCCUUGUUCUUGAGGGUGUUUUUUUAAAAGCAAAGUCUCUUCAAAAGCUCGGAAAACUAACUGAGGCUGCUCAAGAGUGUAAAAAGGUACUCGAUGGUGUAGAGAAGAUAUUUAGUAAUGGAAUACCUGAAGUAAUGGUAGAUACUAGGUUGCAAGAAACAGUUAGUCGAGCUGUAGAGCUUCUUCCAGAGCUAAUGAGGCAGAUUGGUUGUUUUCAAGGAACAUUGGCAGCUUAUAGAUCUGCUCUUCUUACUCAAUGGAACCUAGACAAUGACUGUUGUGCAAGAAUUCAGAAAUCGUUUGCAGUUUUUUUACUAUAUAGUGGAAUGGAUGUGACACCACCGAGUUUGAGUGUUCCAAUUGAAGGUCAGUAUGUUCCUAAAAACAAUCUAGAAGAGGCAAUACUUGUGCUAAUGAUUGUCAUGAAGAAAGUUUCGCAAGGGAAGGUUAAAUGGGAUCCAUCAGUUCUAGAACAUCUUACUCUAGCUCUAUCUUUAUGCGGACAGACUUGUGUUUUAGCAAAACUAUUAGAGGAGGUUAUGCCAGGAAUCUUACCUCGAAAUGAUCGUUGGAAAGCGAUGGCACUCUGUUACAGUGGAGGAGGAGGAGAUAAGGUUGCGUUGAAUUUAUUGAGGAAGACACUUUUGGAAAAUGAGAAACCAGAUGAUUUCACCUCUCUAUUACUGGCCGCCAAGAUUUGCAGCGAGGAUCAGUGUGUGGCGGCUGAAGGCGUUCAAUAUGCUCGGAGAGCGAUAACAAAUGCUUACGGGAUAAAUAAACAUAUGCAUGGUGUUUGUCUUCGGUUAUUGGGGCUUUGUUACGGAGAACAAGCCAAGGUUUCAUCCUCGGAUUACGAGAGAUCUCGUCUUCAAUCGGAGGCGUUGAAAUCUCUGGAUAGCGCCAUCAGUAUGGAACGGAAUAACUCGGAUCUGAUAUUUGAAUUGGGAGUUCAAUACGCCAAGCAUAGGAAUCUGGAUGCUGCCAUGAUCUACGCGAACAAGUAUAUUGAUGUUACAGGCGGUGCUUUAUUGAGAGGAUGGAGAUUGCUUGCACUAGUUUUGUCUGCUGAACAAAGGUUUUCGGAGGCCGAAGUAGUGAUUGACGCUGCUUUAGAUGAAACUGCUAAAUGGGAACAAGGACCGUUGCUUAAGAUGAAAGCUAAGUUGAAACUUACACGAUCAUUACACACAGACGCAGUUGAAACUUAUAAGUAUCUCCUUGCUUUGGCUCAAGCUCAGAAGAAAACUUUUGGUCCUCUACGAACUUCACUCCAGGCAGAGGACGACAAGGUGAAUGAGUUUCAAGUUUGGCAUGGGCUUGCUAACUUAUACUCAAGUCUUUCACAUUGGAAAGAUGCUGAGAUAUGCUUGGAUAAAGCUAGAGACCUAAUAGAGUACUCUGCAGAUACACUUCAUACUGAAGGUCUUAUUUACGAAGGGCAAGGUGAUGGACGCAACGCUUUAGCUUCUUACGUUACUGCUCUUUUACUAGAUUCUGAUUACGUCCCUUGUAAAAUUUUGAUUGGUUCAAUAAUGGCAAAAAUUGGCCCAAAUGGUCGACCAGUAGCAAGAAGUUUACUAUCAGAUGCAUUAAGGAUUGAGCCGACUAAUCGAAUGGCUUGGUAUUACUUGGGUUUGGUUCAUAGAGAUGAUGGUAGAUUGUCUGAUGCAAUGGAUUGCUUUCAGGCAGCUUCCAUGCUUGAAGAAUCUAACCCUGUUGAACCCUUUUGCUCUCUGAUAUGAUUAUUAUUAUAUCAGUCCUUGGCAAGUUCUAGUUUAUUUAAGAGAUUUAAUUU